AUGGCUGCAAACAUCCUACAAUGGUUUCCUCACACAACUGCUCCAUUCAUUGCUAAUGCACCAAUGUUUGGAUUUGCCGACGCCAGCCUAGCAACUGCCGUCACAAAGGCCGGAGGAUUCGGGUUUAUUGGCGGAGGCUUUGAUUUUCGACCUGAAUCAACCCAGCUCCUAGGCCUGGAUACUCAGUUGGCGAAUGCCCGCUCUAUCCUUGGUUUGACCGAUGGUUCGCCAUUGCCGCUUGGUGUCGGUUUCAUUACUUUCCAGCCAGAUGGGCUCAUUGACAAUGCUAUUCCCAUUCUCCAGAAGCAUCGAGUAGGAGCAGUCUGGCUAUCCUUCCCUCAGGCUGACGCCGAUCAUCUUCCGAUCAUAAAAGCCAUUCAGAAAGCCCAGGAGAUUUUUGACUGGGAUACCAAGCUAUUUGUCCAGGUAGGAACUAUCAAGGCUGCAGAAGAAGCACUUAAGCAGGGAGUGGAUGUUCUGGUGGUCCAAGGAACCGAUGCAGGAGGACAUCAAUGGGUCCAGGGUACUAGUUUAAUAUCCCUGUUGCCUGAGGUGCGAGAUCUUCUGUCAAAGGCUCAAGAUACAACCACUGCUAUCCUGGCAGCUGGCGGCAUUGUGGAUGGGAGGGGCUGUGCCGAUGGGAUUGUUAUGGGCACACGGGUUUGUCUUGCUUCCUCUCGCCGACACGGAUCCUUGCUAAUCAAGUACCAGUUCGUUGCAACCUCGGAGUGCCCUGCACCGUCUGUGAUUAAACAGACCAUUGUAUCGGGGAGAGAUGGUGGAACCUCGACUGUCAAGUCCAUCCGACAUGAUGUGUUCCAAUCAACAGAUCUCUUUCCAAGGCAGUAUGAUGGCAGAGCUAUCAUCGGUGUUAGCUACGAGGAUUCUCAGGAUGGGAUCAGUGACGAGGAAAUCAUCCGUCGAUACAAUGCGGCUAAAGAAGCUGGCGAACAUCAACGGAGGACAGUGUGGGCGUGA